UACCGGGUCUUGACAGGUGGAUUAUUUAAGAGGGACUAAUGUUUUCCAGAAAUAAAUUUUAACAUCCUGGUUUAGGACCAUAGACUAUUUAGGCCAUAAGUUCUCCGGUCAGGGAAACGUGCGGAAAAUGGGAGGUCUUCCGUCAGGAUUCUCCAGGAUUUACGUCAGUACAUACGGUGAUUGUCUGGUUGUGUUUUGGGUUAGCAUAAAGGCUGUCAACUAGUGCUGUCACUUUCAGGUUAUUUGUGUGCAGCAGCUGUAUCCUCUCUUGAAACAUCAGAACUGCUUAACCAUGAGUUUACCAGCAGCGCCCCCGAGUUAUGCAGAGGCCACAGCUGGAGAUAAGGAGGCUGGGAUCUCCUCUCCUCCCUAUGGAGGUCCACCUCCCAUGAUGCCGCCACCUCCUGCCAUGCACCCCAGCUGGGCUUAUGUGCACUCCGGCCCCAGCCCUGGCUACAGCAACCCCUAUGCGUCAGACAUGUCCUCCCCGUUUUCGGACCCCAGCUCCAGUGGCAGCUUUGACGGUCUCGGAGGAAGCAGCUGGGAGGACAAAAAUGUCCGCCGCAUGUUCAUCAGAAAGGUGUUCAGCAUUCUCAUGGUGCAGCUUUUGGUGACGUUUGGUGUUGUUGCCCUCUUUACAUUCUGUGAGCCCGUUCGGCAGUUUGUUCAGUACAAUCGCAUUGUUUAUCUGGCAUCUUACAUGAUGUUCAUGGGGACUUAUCUGGUGCUGGUGUGCAGUACAAGUGCCCGACGACAGUACCCUACCAAUCUCAUUCUACUUGGAAUCUUUACUCUUGCGAUGUCCUAUAUGGCAGGCAUGCUGGCCAGCUACCACAACACUAAGGUGGUAAUGCUGUGUGUGGGCAUCACGGCUGUGGUCUGUCUCGGAGUCACUCUCUUCUGUUUCCAGUCCAGGGUUGACUUCACCUCCUGUCACGGCCUGCUGUUCUCCCUCAUGAUGGUGUUGAUGGUGACGGGGCUUGUGCUGAUCUUCACCGCCCCCUUUGGCUAUAUCCCCUGGUUGCAGACAGCAUAUGCUGGACUGGGUGCCCUGGUCUUCACACUGUUUCUGGCGUUCGACGUGCAGCUGCUGAUGGGGAAUCGCCGCUACUCACUGAGCCCGGAGGAGCACGUGUUUGGCGCUCUCUGCCUCUACAUGGACAUCGUCUACAUCUUCUUCUUUCUGCUCCAGCUCUUUGGGAGCCGUGAGUGAGGUGUGCCUGAUGCCGUCAGUCCUCAGCCUUGACCUGUCUAUUGACCCUACUCUACACACACACAUAAUGUACCUGCACGCACACACACACACACAUACACGCACUCACAUAAAUUAACUGACAUGAACUGUUGGUUGCACACACACAAACAAACACACACACACAACACACACACACACACACACACACACACACACACACAUAUGUUCACUUUUAUUUGCUCCCUGAGGAAUGCUGGAUCUUCAACCUCAUGAACCGCUGAUGAUCGGUGGUGCACUGGGGUUAACAGUUUGGUUUGGUUCUGUCUUACCUCUUGCUGUAUGUGCGUGUGCGUGUUUAUUCCUGAGUUAGGAAGGAUGAGUCAUGUUUAUAAAGCCUAAGUAAAGCAGCCUUUUUAUGGGAAGGGGUACAGUGUGUACCCAGGCUUUAAAACACACAUGCACAAUGCGCAUAUACUGUACACACACACACACACACGUGCAAACCCGUAAACUCUACUGUCCUUAAGACAAUCAUAAUCGGUUUGAAGAACUGGACGACAGGAGUUAGUCAUCAUUAAAAAAAGAGUGUCUGGCUGCGGCGGUUGUUUUGCGUUAGCCAUCCAGGUAUCACCAAAGUGAACAGUAUUCAAGGGCCACUUGCAGCAGAUAUUGUAUAAGCCCAGCAUGCAGUUGUUUGUCAGGUGUUCUGUUCUUUUAGGGGAAGUGUGUGCAAACUCAGUAAUACUCAUGCCAAAUGACCUCCGAGGCCCAAUGAACAAACUUAAUUUGUUGCAAAUCAGAGUGCUGUCAAGCUAGAGUGUGUGUUGGCGGUAAUUCUGUCCAUACGCUGAGCAUAGAAGGAGUAAGUACAAGGCAGGUAGACAUUUUCAGAACAUUUCACGCAUUUUCCUGACAAAGUCAGGUGAUAUUAUAUUGAUAUUUAAAGCUGCAAUAUGCAGCUGAGUCUAGAACUAUCCAUGAAACCACAACUAACCUCUCCACCUCCAUCCACCUCUUCACCCAGCCCCAGCCCAAUCAUUAACUUGAAGUUUCUCUUGGCCUCUGAUUGGUGCAGGGGUUGAUGCAAAAUUUGAGAAUGGAUUAUCUCUGUUGUGCUGCCCAGGCUGUCUAAUAAGCCUGGUAAACAGAGUCGGAAAGAUGUGCUUUUGAGCUCAUUUUUAACAAAACAUACACAAUACAUGCUGUAGUUUGUACUUUGUACAAAAAUGAUUAUUGAAAGGAAUUUACUGUUAAGUAGGUGUACUAACGGAAUACAUUGAAUUAUACAUAAAUGUCUAUAAGGAAAAUUUGGGUUCUGAAGUGGAGAGACCACACCAAGUUUAGCAUUCCUCUUGGCUCAGCUGCAGGUUGUUUUGCUGGGACACUCUUUGCAAGUGCCCCAAAGAGUGAGGUUCUGCAAUGAGGCUGAGUUAAUAGCCUGGGUGUUCCCAUGCUGCCUUGCGCGCGAUUUGAUUCACGCUGCUAAGGCAGCCUGGAGACCAUGGAGCAAAAUUUCGCCUGAGAUAGGGAACCAAUCACAGAACGGGGGAAAGCAAG